AUGAUUCUUUUGGAGGUUAUUGUUCCCGAGUGGGGUCUUCAUCAGGGGGAUCCACCUUCCCCUUACCUUUUCUUAUUUUGCAUGGAAGCUUUCUUGAGGAUGCUUCUUAAUGCUCAAGAUGUUAGUCAUAUCCGUGGCAUUCGAGCUAGCAAAAAUAGCCCUCAGAUUAACCACAUGUUCUUUGCCGAUGAUGCCCUCUUUUUUGUUAAAAAUAAGAUCAAUGAAGUUAAGGCUAUUAUGGAGAUUCUUAGAGAAUUUGGGAAAAUGUCGGAAAAAAUGGUUCGUGAUCUUUGGGUGCCCAACUCUUUUGCAUGGAAUAAGGAUUGGGUCUGUGAGCUCUAUGGUGAGCUUGUGUGGGAUCGUAUUUGUGACCUCCCUAUUAUUUCUAAUGGUUUGAAUGAUAAGGCCUUGGUCCGCAUUGUCUUUUUUGGAAGUUCAUCUGGAAGAUUUAAGGUUCUUCCCAAAAUUCGUGUUUUUGCUUGGACAAUUGGCCAUGAACUGCUCCACAUGAAUGCCAAAAUUUCCUCCGUUAAACAGAAUGCUAGACAGGACUACCCAAGGUGUGGUGCUAGUGAAGAAACUGUUAUUCAUGCGCUCAAAGACUACCUGAAAACCAAUGCCAUUCUUGCGUUCAGUGGUCUCGGUGGUAGGCUCAUUGACAAAGAACAUUGUUAA